AUGAACGGUACUUACCACAUUUUUGACGAACCGCACGAAUGUAGUGCCCGGUGCAAGGAGGAGCUCUUUGACGCACAGACCGUACAGUGUUUGUUCGGCGAACUGUUGGAGUCUGAAUGCACCUUUUACGCAAUCGUUACUAAACGAUUCCUUGAUUACAGCAACGGCUGCCGCGUCCGCGUCGAUCCUGUGGACGAUCCUGUGUUGAUGGACGAGUCCGUGCGGGUUAAAGCCAUGACGGACUCGCCCCAAGGCGCCGCACGGGAGGCACCUGUUGGGCAGGACGAGCCGGUUGUUCAGCCUCACCCACUCCCUCCGCCCAUUUUGCUGCAUCAGGACAACGUUUCGUUGACGAAUGAAGAUUCUGGAGGAACAGUGGCAUUGCCGCCGGGAAUGGCAUUGUCGACAGUGGACGCAGGAUCCUUGCCCCUGGCACAACAAGGGCUACAGCAAGCAGCUUUCGCGGCGCCGGAGUUUUCUGUACAGUCUCGAGGAAUACUAACCAGAGACUUCCAGGAGCCAGACGCGAAGCUCCCGUCAGACCCGAAGCUCCUGUCAGAUCCGAAGCUCCUGUCAGACGCGAAGCUCCUGUCAGCAUCGGUUCAAAUCCGGGGCGUCAAAUCUGUGAUCCAAACCCUACAGUACAUGUCAACGCCCUUCGUCAUGGAUCUAGGUAUUCAGGGACCACUGGUUGUUUCUGCUGUGGACAUUGAUAUAACGAAACAUGAGGAGAUGCAAUGCAUUUCUCGCUUGACUAUCUUGGCCUGUUUCGGCCAGAAUUGUACCUUGGAUGAUUGCGAGGAUUACCAGAAUUUAAUUGAUUAUUUCAAUUUACAGGAUAGUAUUAAACAGAAUAAUACAUUUUUGCUAAGACGAAGGGAAGAUCUGUAUCUUCGAAUUAGCGCCAGUGAGCAGUCGAAUGAGCCACUAUAUGUGGACAUCUCCCAGGAGUUCGAGCUGGAGGGCAAAGCAGGUUAUGCAUCAUUACAAAUUAAGCGCAACAUAAGUCCAAGAGUGAUUGUGUUGGGUAUAGAAUCUUCUACAGCCCAUUUUUGUUCGCAGAGUCGAUACGAUAUGAUCGAAGUCCAGCUGACAGGAACCAACAAAAAACGUUCCGAUUUCGGUCGUGUUAUGGAGAGUAUGGCACCUCACCUUGCGACCCCAGGAAGCUUGCUGCUCCUCCUCCUCCUGUGCUACCUGCACGGCAUCUUUUUUACCUUCGCCUAUGUGACUGUUAGAAAGGAUCGGAGGAUCGGAGUGUUAUUGAUUUUCGUUGCGCAUGAACAUGAUGUGGUGGCUAUGGGUUUUGUUACACUCAUCAGGCUCCUUAUGGACUACGGCCUCGUCGGCAACAUUGUCUUCGUCGUCGUCGUCGUCAUCGUCGUGGGUUUUGAAGGGAUCGCCAUCUGGAUGUGA